AAGAAAAUGUGGAGCCUGAGUCUUUGUGGGUUAAAGAGGAACAAAGGGAACAGGAACCACUAAUUAAAGACCAAGAGGACCCAGAAGUUCCACUGAUUGAGGAAGAAAAUGAUGAGCCAGAUUCUUCAAGGCUUAAACAUAAACAGCAGGAUCCAGUUUAUUUAGCAACUGGACAGGAGCAGAAGGAUGUCUGCAGCAGUCAGGAGGGAGAGCAGCUUGUCCAGAAGCAGUCUGUUGGCCUAAUGGAGAUCUUUACUCUUCAGAAAAGUAAAAGAGAAUCAAGAACUGAGCAGCUUUCCUUUCAUAUCUCCACUGGGUCAGAGAGUCAAUCUUGUACAAAUACUAAGAAAAGGUCUUUAAAUUGUGACAUAUGUGGAAAGUCUUGGAAGAAGAAGAGUGAAUUGGAAAGGCAUUACAGAACCCACACUGGCGAGAGACCCUUUAGUUGUCAGACAUGUGGAAAAAGUUUUUCUUGUACAAGUCAUUUAAAUGCUCACAGGAAAAUGCACACAGGGGAAAGACCGUUUUCUUGUCAGAUAUGUGGAAAAACCUUCUCUCAUAGGAACCAUUUAAAUGUUCACAGGAGAAUACACACAGGGGAAAGACCUUUUUCUUGUCAGACUUGUGGAAAAAGUUUCACUCGUAUUUGUAGUUUAAAACUUCACAUGAGAACCCACACUGGUGAGAGGCUUUUUUCUUGUCAGACAUGUGGAAAAAAAUUCAUUCAACAACGCUCUUUAAAUGCUCACAGUAGAAUCCACACAGGGGAAAGACCUUUUGUAUGUGGAAUGUGUGAGAAAAGCUUCAUUCAUGUUGGCAGUUUGAAUAUUCAUAUAAAACAAAAACACAACAGUAAGAAGUAGCCAUUUUUUGACAUUCACACAGCCUGCAUCUGAGUACUUCUCUUAGCCAAAGCAGAGGUCCAGCAGUCACCAUAAGUGCAGUCAGUAAAGAUGCAGAUAAGAAAUGGAGCCUGUAUGCCUCCUCUCACAGCUAAUUUAGCAUAGAAACCUUGCAACGUCCCUUACUAGUGCCAAAAAGCUAUAAGGAAUCCCACAAUCCUUUGUGAGACAUAACGUAUAAGCACAGCCCACCCAAGUUUUUUUUCCGGAUGUGUCCCAUCUGCCUGUGUAGCUCUAAGACUAGCUUUGUUAAUGCCAAAGAGCCUCAAACAGAUAGGACUGUCUCAGAAAGUUAGAAUAUCGUGAAAAGUAUACUAGUAGGAUAUUCAACUAAUCACUUGAAUCAUCUAAU